UACUAGCAGCAGCAUCUUUAAUCAUCAAAAUGAUGAAAAUUGUGAUCCUCAUGUCUGCCCUAGUGGCUAUGGCCGCUGCGAAGCCUAGCGCAGCAUUUUUUGCCGCAUCAGCACCAAUCGUGGCAGCUCCAGCGCCAAUAGUAACCGCCUCCAGCUCGCAAUACUACCACCGAAACAACAAUGUACUCGCCGCCUACGUCGCAGCCCCCGCCGCUUACGUCGCGCCUGCCGCUCCCUACGUCGCAGCCCCCGCUGCUGCGUCCUACGCAGCUGCUCCGUACGUCGCCGCUCCCGCUUCUUACGUCGCCGCCGCUGCUCCCUACGUUGUAGCCGCUUAA